AUGUCGAGGGAUGCCGAUGCCGAUGCUUUACUUCCAUUGCCGACAGAAACACCCAUCAGAUUCAGCCCUUUGGCUCUUGCACAGGGAUCUAAAUUUCAUGCAUCUGUCAAACGGGAACGCGUCUACAAGUUCGAUUCAGCAAUUGUUGAAGGAUCGGUGUACUCAAUAAGCAAAUUUAAUGUUACCGAUUCAACUGGCCCAUUCAGACCUGCCCGACAUGCACACAAAUUGACUUUUGAAUUGGAUACAAAAGUCAUCCCUGUGCCUGCCAACUGGGUAACACAUACUAUGUUCAACAGUUUCACAAGCCUGGAAGAAAUUUUUUCUCCAGGAUUUGAUGCCAAUUAUUUAGUUGAUUUCAUGGGUGUGUUAAUAGGAUACGGUACGGAGAAGACAUUUGAACGUUAUGGGCAAAUUAAUAAACAGAAUCAUAUUGAGAUUGAAUCUAACGGAAAAACAAUUAAAUGUACGCUAUUCGGAUCGUAUGUUGAUUCGCUGAAUGCUUUCUUAAGUUCUGGAAAUGGUGACAAUGCUGUAGUUGUUCUUCACAUGGCCAAAGUCAACGUUUUUAAUGGUAAGAUCAACUUGCAGAAUGCAUACAACACCACAAAACUUCUGUUCAAUCCUGAUUUUCCGGAGGCAGUAGAGUACAAACAACGCUUCAUAGACAAUUCAGAAAAUGUCUCUAAGUCUCUAACUCAAUUGAGUGAUCCGGAAAAAAUUUCAGAGGAAGAUGAGUUUCUGAAAGGAGGACCCAGAAAGACAAUUUCUGAAGUUAAGCAAUGGAAGAUGCGUUCUACCUGCAUUGUCAUAGCCACAAUCAGCGAUGUUGAUGAAAGUGGUUCUUGGUAUUACAUUGCUUGCAAGUGCAACAAGUCCGUAUCAGAGGACUCUGACCAAUAUUUUUGUGCAAACUGUAACAGGCACGUGGUCAAAGCCAGUGUCACAUCUAGGUUCUGCAUACGAGUGUCUGUUGAUGAUGACUCUGAAUCAGCAACCUUUGUAAUAUUUGAUCGGGAUGCUGCUUCCCUUUUGAAGACCACGUGUCAAGCCCUAAUUGAUAUCCACAAAAAGCCCAACGAGCCUAUUCCAACCCCUCCUGAGGUUAAGGGUUUGUUGGGAAUGAAAUUGCUUUUCAAGGUUGAGUGUAGUGAUGCAGUCAACUUUAGAUAUGAGCCAACUUACCGUGUGAAGAAGAUUUGUAGCAAUCCUGAUAUCAUUGCAAAGUUUGUAAGCUCAAUUGCAACUGCAAAAGCUGUUGAAUGUUCUGGGAGUUCAGUUUCACAUGAAAAGAUAGGAUCUGAGUUAGAUCAAUGCCCGUGUAGUGCUGAUCUUUUGAAGACAAAAGUUGUCAGUAGUCAAAUCCCUUUGUCUGAUUCCGAAGGAAUAGAUAAUUCAGCUACUUUGCUCUUGACCCAGGAGUCUGCUGCCAAAAAAGGGACAGACUCAAUUUCAAAACCCACCUCCGGUUUGAAUGUUGCUGACGUGGCAAAUGACAAAUUGGGUUCCCUUUCAAAGGACCUUUCACAAUCUUUUGAGGAAUCUGAUGCUACUAAGGUCGUGGACUCUACUGCAUCCGCCCAGUCUGAAUUAUGCUCUAAAAAGAACCCUUUUACUCCUACAAAACGAUUGGUGGAUGAGAUAGGUACUUUGCAGCCCCCGGAGAGGACUACAAACAAGUUGAAGAAGGUCAUCAAGCAGGAGAAGGAUUGA